GUGUUGGAGCAAGAAAAGUGCCAAGAUUGGAAUGAUGAGUAGGAAUUGAUAUAAGUUACCAAUUUUGUGUGGGUUAGCACUCAUUCCAUCUCCCCUCUUUUUCUAACUCUGUCAUGCCCUCUUUCUCUUUCUUUCUCUCUUCCUUUCUUUAUCUCUUAUUUUCUUUUUCUCUUAUUUUCCAUCUUGCUUUCUUUUUCUUUCUUUCUUUCUUUCUUCCUCUCUCUCUCUUAAUCUCUCUCUUUUUUCUCUCUUUCCACAUAGAUAUACGCUGCCUUCAGGAUAAAAAAAAUGUAAGACUGCAAUAUUCAACAGGUUGGCAGAUGGACAGGGGAAAGGCAAGCCAGCACCACUUCCACAGUCAAGGCCCAUAAAUGCCCUCACUGCCCUGGAAGUUUUACGAGAAAGUCACAUUUGAAGGACCAUUUGCGAACUCACACGGGCGAGAAACCAUUCUCAUGCCCCCGCUGUUCUUACCGCUUUGCCCGUAAAUAUGAUCUGAAACGGCACUUUCACAUUCACUUGUUCAAGGAGCAGCAGCAGAGUUCAGCCUGAAGGAGCACACUGGGAAAAAGAAUGGUUGACUUGGAAGCACAGAGGACUCAGGGAGCAGAUGUCAAGAAAGUACGGACCAAGUUAGAGAAGCGCUUCUCAUGCGAGCACUGCCCAUUCCGCUGUACCAGAAAACAGCACCUUAGAGACCACCUCCGCAUUCACACAGGCGAGAAGCCCUUCUCAUGCCCACACUGCCCCUUCCGUUGUGCCUUUUCCAGCAUUCUGAAACGUCACAUUCGGACACAUACAGGAGAGAAGCCCUACAGUUGCCCCCACUGUUCCUUCUGCUGUGCUCAGCACAGUACCUUGUGGAGGCACAUCCGUGUAAAGCAUUUUAGAACCUGAAAAGUGUUUCAGAUUGAAAUAUUACUCAGAGCAAUAGUAAUUUUUUUUUGACAUGUAUAGAGCUUUUGCCACAUAGAUGAGUCAGUCACUAUGUUAUUAUCAUAUUUUGUAAUAUCAGCAGGAAGA